UGCAGGAUCCGCGAAGGGGGGUUGGGAGUGGAGCUUCCCCGAGCCUGAGGGGAAAAUGGGAACGGAACCCAGGCGGGAACGCAACCCAGGCGGGAACGCCAAGCCUGCGCAGGCACCACCGCAGGGAAGAAAGGGGUCGGCUCCACCGCCCCCAGCCCAGCGCGACCCCCGUACCCCCGCGCGAGCGCGAGUCGCCGGCGGAAGUGCUGCGUCGCGCACUUCCGGGUGUUGUCUGGCCGCCGCUGCCGUGCUUCUCCGGUCUCCCGGCCGCCGCCGCCGCCGCCGCCUCGGGUCCCGGAGCCAGGAGCGACGUCACCGCCAUGGCCGGCAUCAAAGCUUUGAUUAGUUUGUCCUUUGGAGGAGCAAUUGGGCUGAUGUUUUUGAUGCUUGGAUGUGCCCUUCCAAUAUACAACCAAUACUGGCCUCUCUUUGUUCUGUUUUUUUACAUCCUUUCACCUAUUCCAUACUGCAUAGCGAGAAGAUUAGUGGAUGAUACAGAUGCUAUGAGUAACGCUUGUAAGGAACUUGCCAUAUUUCUUACAACAGGCAUUGUUGUCUCAGCUUUUGGGCUCCCUAUCGUAUUUGCCAGAGCACAUCUGAUUGAGUGGGGAGCUUGUGCACUUGUUCUCACAGGAAACACAGUCAUCUUUGCAACUAUACUGGGCUUUUUCUUGGUCUUUGGAAGUAAUGAUGACUUCAGCUGGCAGCAGUGGUGAAAGGAACUGCUGAACUAUUGUCAAGUGGACUUCUUGUCAUUUGUUGGCCAUCCACGCACACAGGAGCUGGGGCAGGAAUGCUGAGUGGUACAGCAAGCCUCUUGGGGGUAUUCUAGGUGCUCCCUUCUCACUUUUAUUGUAAGCAUAUUAUUUUCACAGAGACUUGCUGAAGGAUUAAAAGGAUUUUCUCUUUUGGAAAAGCCUGACUGAUUUCACACUUAUCUCUAGUAUGCUUUUUGUGGUGUCCUGCUGAAUUUAAAUAUUUAUGUGUCCCUGUUUAGUUAUUUUUUUUAAUCAGUAUACAAUGUUAAGCAUUUUUAAAAUGUAAUAACCAUCUGCAUUGGUUAGAAAUUAGAUUUCUGCUGGCUAUUACUGGGCUAAAGGACAUCUUUUGUCUUAAAAUUAUUUAACCUCCAUUGCAAAAAGUUCAAAAAAGUUUUCAAUCAGUCAGGAUGACAUCACUCCCAAUUUUAUGCAGACAUGCAGACUGUUGGCAUACCUUAUAGACUGUAUACUCAGCGCAAAUAUAGCUGCAUUUAUACCUCAGAGGGGCCAAGUAUUAAUGCCCGUGUCCUCCGUAAGUGUUGCUGAUUUUGCCAGGAAGCAGGUGUUUUGUGAAUUGAAAAUUAUUUUAUGGAAUUGCUGCAAAGGAGUGCUUUUCUUCUCAGUUGUUAGAAGAAUUUAUUGUUAAAGGUAAGCGUGUAAAACCAGAUUUUGGAGAUGGUUUCUAUUUAUGUUUAUUAUAGUUAAAGUAGAGUGAGUUGCAUUGUGGGAAGAAACGACUUUGAAAUUCCACUUUUUGAAUCCUCUUUCUAUCCAUAAGUGAAACGUUUGAUCUUCUAUCAGUCUUUCAUAUUUUACCAUUGUUGAAAUGGACAUACGUGAAACUACUACUGAUGAGGGAAAGUUGUAUGUUUGCAUCAUCUACACCAGAAAACCUUUCCCUACUUCCUCCUUUUAACUUAUUUUAUACAUUGUAUAUAUUAAGUAAAGUAACUUUUCAAAUAUAGUUUAAUAACACUUUAAAUUAGAGGUGUUUAUCUCACCUGGAAAGUAAUCGCUAUGCCAUACAUGCCGAGCGCCCCCUGCCCCGCAAGGCCUUGACAUGAUUCACAAGUGACUUGUUAGUCUUGCAAAGAAGCGAUGCAUUAACAAUUUAAGAUUUAGACCAUGGUAAUUGUAGUUCUUAUUCUCUAAGGUUAUAUCAUAUGUAAUUUAAAAAUACUUAAGACAAGUUUCCUGUAUACCUCUCAACUUUUUUGAUUUUUUUUUUCAUCAUGAUAGAUACGCUGUUUCCUUUUAAAAAUGGCAUUUAUUGUGUGAAUUAAUGCAAAAUACCCAAAUCCAGUUGUAUACCAGCUUCAAACACAAACCUGACCAAACAAUUCCCGGUGACCAGGCAUGAUCCAAUCGUAGUGGUCAUUUGCAUCUCAACAAUUAUCAGUACCUUUUUCUAGAGCUAGUUAAUGAAAAUGUUCAAGUUGGUCUGACAGUCUGUCGUUGAGGAUAUUUGUGUGUUUAUUCAGUAUACUUACAGGAAAAUUAUUUUGCCUUCAGACAAAACUGAGUGAUCAUGACAGCUACCUUUUGUUGUUUUAUAAAGUUUAUUUCUCAAGAAAAUGGGAACAGAUAUUGGGUUUGUCCAGCUUUUUACUAAAGAUAACGUAAAGGCCACAGGUUUUAUUGUCAAACCCAAGUUGUGACUUCAGCUGUGAGAUGGGAAGCAGAAUGAAAGAUCUGCACGUGGCCUUCCCACUUAGACAGUAGGCUGGACACGACGUGCAGUGUUACAAUGAUGGAGACCUAAAGAGGAAGGUACAGGUAUGCGUGAAGUAGCUGGCCAGACGGUUGGGAGCUCAGUGCCUGUGAGCUACUUGAUUUUUUUUUUUUUUUUUUUUUUGCAGGAAGUACAUCCUCUGGCCCUUCCCCAUUUUCUGUUCUAGAAUAUCAGUGCAGCGCACUGCUACUGUUUUAUUCACUUAGCCAUAGACUCUUUUUCUAACAGCUGCAUAUUCUUUCUGUAUACUGAUUGCGUUGGCAGCAUUGUGUCUUUCAUCUUGCACACUAGCUCGACAUAGUGCUGUCUCUGAUAUCUAGGCUAGUUAUUUGAGGUAUGAAUUUUCCAUAGAAUAUGCACUGAUCCUGCAUUGCCAUUCUUCUAUGGAAAGAAAACUUUUGAUGAUGAAAUAAUAAAGAUUUUAAAUAUCUAUUUUAGUUUGUGGGUGUUCUUGAAAUGAAAUUAUACUAUGCACUUCAGCUCCUGAAGUGCAUGACUCGUUUUAAUAAUGUGAUAUAAAAUAAGUAUGGCAUUAGUCAGUAAUGUUAGACUUGCAGAAGUUUCACUCCCAAAAUAGAAUUGAAACCGUAGUAAUAAAUGUUACGGUGAAGCCCUGUGCUUUUGAGCUGUGGUGAAAGGACUGGUAACCUGGGGAAGUAGAAGUUUUAGCUAACCCACUACAAAAAGCCAUAGGUGAUUUCACUGAUACAAAAAGACUGUUGGUAAUCUAAAGUCAAGGUUGUACCUGUUUUUAAAUUUUCAGAUCUUUUUUAUGAUUGUAUGUUUUAUUGUGUAUGUAUCACCAUUCGUUAUUGGAGCAUUUUGCCUUUUGCAGACAUUUCAAAUAGUUAAAGGUUAAAAAAAAAUGUGUGGUACAAUGUGAACAGAGAAAAGUACUGUUCUCUUUUAUCAAACAUGAAUCUUGUCCCAAAUUGUCCUAAUUAUAUAAUCUUAUUAUACACUUUACAAAGUUUUGAUCAUAGUUUCUUAGUGUUUGCUCUAAUAGGAUUUUUGGGGGGUAUUGUCAAAAUAAUCCAGAUUUCUAGAGUAAACCCUGGAAUAUUUAUAUUUAAUGUGACGAGAUUCGUUCCUAAGUUUCAGAUAACUUUAAAUCAGCACAUCAGAUUUAACAAGCAGCCAUGCAACAGUACUGUCAAGUGAUAUGCAUGUUUUACGUCUCAGGAUGCUUUAUGGUUUAUAAAAUUGGUGGGAAAUUCAAAAUCAUGUUUUUUCCAUAUAAGCCUGUGUUAUUCUUUCCCUUGGUGAAGAUUGGGGAGCUCUUAUUUUAUUACAGGCCUCCUAAUUUUCUGGCAUUCCCAGAGAAGAGAACAUAUCCUGUAAAAUAAAUAUUCCAGAUGACUGAAGUUUAUUUCAAAAAGAA